AUGGCCAAGUGGCUGAGGAUCAUGGGUAAUGUAGUCUUCCUGUCAGAAGUAAACAAAGUUGAUGGGGGGUUUCCCUACACGCCUAUUACGCUGGGAAUCCCCGGCUGCUGGGAGGAGGGACCAGCAGGAGACCGUGGAGCCACACAUUCAACACGCCUCCAUGCAGAGAGGAUGGUGCUGCUCGGUCAGGCUUACCUGUGGGUGAUUUUCCUCUUUGUGGAGCUUUGCAGUGCUACGGGCAUUUCCUGCAACGUCACUCAGGAGGCUGGAGAGACCGUUUACAUUGUCCCAGAGUUCAAUGCCGACGACUGCCACUACCAGUGGCUCAACAUGAGUAAACACGUGAUCGCAAACCAGGGGCCUCGUACAGAGCCGGUGGUGGUGAGGAAAGACAACCGGUCUCUUGUUACCAACAAGUGCUCAGAGCGGAUGUAUUUCAUUCUCGACUGCAUGUCUGAGGGGAAACGUCAGGUGACCUGCACCACCAACUGCAGCAGAAACUCUGAGGCUGAGAAAAGCGGAGAGUCUCCCCACAGCGGCGGGAUUGCUCCUGCUGUCAUCGUUGUCCUAGUGCUGGGGCUGCUGGGGCUCCUGGGGCUGCUGGGGCUCCUAUGCUACAGAUGCAGACACCAUAUUCUCAGCUGGAGGAAACGCAUUUACACUCCCGUGAAGCAACAGGAAAACAAAAAGUCUGAUGUGGAGGAGCAGCGUUUGUAG